GUGCCUAGCUCAGUGCAAGCACAUUCUAAGACGGAUUCCAAGGCAGCAGCUAACAACAAACCUCAUGCUGUUUGCAUUCCCCUUCCGGGUCAAAGCCAUAUCAAGGCAAUGCUUAAAUUUGCAAAGCUCCUCCACCAUAGAGGCUUUCAUAUUACCUUCGUCAACUCCAAGUACAACCACAGGCGCUUUCUAAAAUCCUCGGGCCCCAGCUCCCUUGAUGGCUUGCCUGAUUUCCAAUUCAAAGCCAUCCCAGAUGGCCUUCCAGAUUCAGAUGCAGAUACCACCCAAGAUGUCCCAUUGCUUUGUGAUUCAAUCAGAAAACAAAAUUUCUUGGCUCCCUUCCGUGAACUACUCAUGAAACUCAACGGUGAUGCCAUAUCAACAUCCACUAAUCCUCCAGUAACUUGCAUAGUUUCAGAUGGUUUCAUGUCGCCGUUCACAAUCACAGCCGCUGAAGAGAUUGAAGUCCCUAUAGUGCUGUUCUACACUAUUGCUGCAUGCAGCUUUAUGGGCUGUAUACAAUUUCGUGCUUUGGUUGAAAAGGGACUUGCACAACUCAAAGAUGAUAUCAGUUUGACAAAUGGCUAUUUGGAAAAGGUUAUAGAUUGGAUUCCAGGAAUGAAAGAUAUCCGUUUAAAGGAGCUCCCAACCUUUUUUCGAACUUCAGAUCCUGACGACAUCAUGUUUAACUUCAUAAUGGAAUCAACCGAUAGAGCUCAUAAAGCUUCUGCAGUUGUUCUUCAUACUUUUGAUGCCUUGGAGCCAGAUGUUUUGGGGGCUCUCUCAUCUAUGCUUCCACUUGUUUAUCCAAUUGGCCCUCUUCAAUUACAUCUCAAUCAAAUACUAGAACACCCCUUGAAUAUUGGAUAUAGUCUAUGGAAAGAAGAAACAGAAUGCCUCGAGCACAGUGAUAAGUGAGCAAGGGUCGCUGUA